AUGAAGUAUACUUUUUCCUGUCAUAUCCUUGGCCUGAGACUGAGUUGUUUCAAAUUUUCUUCUCUACGAUGGUUUUUGCGGAAGUUCGUUUUGCCAAAGCCAGAGACUGGAUCAGACGAAAAAUCGAUGGAGAACGGUUACAUGACACUCUUAGGCUUCGCUGAUGUAGUAGCUGUGAACAGCGAAAGCAAGCUAGAAUCGAAACACCAGUACCAAAGCGGAAUGAAAUUUUUGUUUUUCUGCGAUAUUGGCUACAAAGAUACAGCACGCAUGUUGGUUGAAACGGCACUGGUGUUGUUGAAAGAUGUGAAGAAAGAAGGACCAGAAGGCACAGGAGGCGGAAUUCUUACACUUGGAUCAGUGCUUGGACCUCAGCUUUUAUAUCGAUUGACUGAGCACAAAGCAACAUUCAACAUGGAAACUUCAAAAGAAAGAUGUAUAUAGGACGAACAAGAAGCCCUAGUGAUUAUACGUCUAGAGAAGCACAAGGUGGAGGCCUUUUUCUUUAACCCAGAAGAACAGCAUUCGCUUUUGUAGAG